GCCGGGUUACGCGCCGACGUCUGGCUGCCACGACUCGCCGUGGCGGCGGCGGCGGCGAGCGGAUCCCGCUGGGGAAGGAGAAGGAGAGAGGGAGAGAGAGAGAGCCGGAGGGGCUGUGAGUGAGCGGGAGGAGCCGGGUGUCAGCCCGGCCUGCCCGCGGGAGCGAGACCCAGAGCGAGCGAGCGAGCGAGGCCCGAGCCCGCCGCGCGGCCGCCGCCUCCGCCUCCUCCCCUCCCCUCCCCUCGCGGCCCGCCCCCGCCCGCAGCCCGCCCUCGUCGCGGCUCAGCCCGGAGAGCCCGAGCGAGGCGCCGUUCGGCUCGCGCCGCCGUCCAGAACAGGUGUGCGCGCGCGCCUCCCCCUCCCUCCUCCUCGCGCCCGCCUCGCGCGCGCCGGCUUCCCUCCCUCCAGCCCGCGCCCUCCCUCACCUGCGGCAGGACAGCGCCCGCCAGCCCGCCCGCCCUGAUCUCGCGAGAGUGGCUGACUGGCUGUGGGGGUUGCGGCGGCAGCAGGCGGAGCCGGGGAGGGAAAGCAGCGGCGGCUGAGGCGACUGAGGCGGCGGGCGGAGCGGCAGGCGGCGGCGCGGCGGCGGAGCGCAGCAUCAUGGCGGACCGAGACAGUGGCAGCGAGCAGGGUGGUGCGGCGCUGGGCUCGGGCGGCUCCCUAGGGCACCCGGGCUCGGGCUCAGGCUCCGGCGGGGGCGGUGGUGGCGGCGGGGGCGGCGGCGGCAGUGGCGGCGGCGGCGGGGCCCCGGGGGGGCUGCAGCACGAGACGCAGGAGCUGGCCUCCAAGCGGGUGGACAUCCAGAACAAGCGUUUCUACCUGGACGUGAAGCAGAACGCUAAGGGCCGUUUCCUCAAGAUCGCUGAGGUGGGCGCUGGCGGCAACAAGAGCCGCCUCACCCUCUCCAUGUCUGUGGCAGUGGAGUUCCGCGACUACCUGGGCGACUUCAUCGAGCACUACGCGCAGCUGGGCCCCAGCCAGCCGCCCGACCUGGCCCAGGCACAGGACGAGCCACGCCGGGCGCUCAAGAGCGAGUUCCUGGUGCGCGAAAACCGCAAGUACUACAUGGAUCUCAAGGAGAACCAGCGCGGCCGCUUCCUGCGCAUCCGCCAGACAGUCAACCGGGGGCCCGGCCUGGGCUCCACGCAGGGCCAGACCAUUGCGCUGCCCGCACAGGGGCUCAUCGAGUUCCGUGACGCUCUGGCCAAGCUCAUCGACGACUAUGGAGUGGAGGAGGAGCCGGCCGAGCUGCCCGAGGGCACCUCCUUGACUGUGGACAACAAGCGCUUCUUCUUCGAUGUGGGCUCCAACAAGUACGGCGUGUUUAUGCGUGUCAGUGAGGUGAAGCCCACCUACCGCAACUCCAUCACCGUGCCCUACAAGGUGUGGGCCAAGUUCGGACACACCUUCUGCAAGUACUCGGAGGAGAUGAAGAAGAUUCAAGAGAAGCAGAGGGAGAAGCGGGCCGCUUGUGAGCAGCUCCACCAGCAGCAGCAACAGCAGCAGGAGGAGACCACCGCUGCCACCCUGCUACUGCAGGGUGAGGAAGAAGGGGAAGAAGAUUGAUCAAACUGAAUGAAACACACACACACACACACGCAUACACGUACGUGUACACACACACACACACAGCCACACACAGAGAGAAAAUAUACUGUAAAGAGAGAAAAUAAAAAGUUAAAAAGUUUAAAAAAAAAACUUAAACUCCAAGGGAGCACCACCCACAGAACCUCCACCAACUGACAGUUUCUCUUCUUGACUUGCCACCCAUCGCUGGAUGUUGUCCACUUUAUCCACCAUGUAAAACAGUAAGCAGCUGCUAAAAACAAAAAAAUAUACAAAAAGUAAUAACAUUAUAUGAACUGUGUUUCCUACUUGAUUAAAAAAUAUAAAGAACUGAGUGUUUAUUUCCCUAAUUAACCAAGAACUUUUGUACACGUUUAAGCUAUUAUUAUUAAAAGUGUUUGCAAAAUGGUCAAGAUUAUAAUAUUGCUGAAUUAUAUAAAAAGUCCUUUUCAUGUUGAGCUAACAUUUGACUUUAGCACAAAAAAGAGAUAUUUUAGAACACGUAAAAUAAUAUUUUUAGUUUUUCUCAUUUUGUUACCAAAUUUCAAACCUUACAUGGAGGUUAUUAUAGUAUAUUUGACAUCCUAUAUACCUGUGAUUAGAGAUGUGUAUAUAUAUGAGGGCUAGGCAUGCUGUGUGUCUGAGCUUUGUCUAAAUGUUAUGCAGAAGUUUGUAGAGUUCAAGGUACGUAGGUUUAAUUCAUGCAAGGUAAACAAUAAGUGCUCUCUUUUAUACAAUAUGCAUUGCAUCUGGACCUUAAACAUAUAAAAAUGGUCAGUGAAACUUCUGUGAACAUGAAGAAAUUAUUAAAAAAGGCAUUUAAAUGAAA